AUGGAUGAUAGCGUUGCUCUAAUCCUCAGUCUUUGCCUUGUCAUCAUAUCAAUAUCGUUCCUCCUAGUAAUGAAAAGGUCUUCCAAUAAGCUGCUUGGGUUGCCGCCUCCAGGGCCAAGGAAGCUUCCCAUCAUCGGAAAUCUGCACAACUUAAUAUUGAGCUCGUCUCUCCCGCACCGCCGCCUGGCGGAGUUGGCCAGGAAACACGGGCCUCUGAUGCAGCUCCAGCUCGGACAAGUAUCCAGCGUUGUCGUCUCGUCUCCAGAAUGGGCCAAGCAGAUCAUGCAGACCCACGAUCUCAACUUCGCCACCAGGCCCACAUUGCCUGCCAUCGACAUCUUAUUAUACGGCAGCCGAGACAUCGCGUUUUCUCCGCCUGGCGAGUUCUGGAGGGAGAUGAGGAAGGUCUGCGCCGUGAGGUUGUUGGGCCCCAAACGCGUCAAGUCGCUCCAGCCCACUAUGGAAACGGAGAUGAGUAAGCUGGUGGCGUCCAUCGCCUCUUCCUGUGGCGAUGCUGGUGUCAACCUAACUCGAAUGCUUAGUUCUCUGGGGAACGCCAUCACUUCACGUGCAGUAUUUGGGGGGAGCAGUAGCACCCAGAAGCAACGGGAAGCAUUUGUGCCAUUCAUAAAAGAGAUUACUAAGACGGUGGGUGGGUUCAGCCUCGUGGACGUGUUCCCUUCCAGCAAGUUGUUGCGUCGCAUCACAGGAUUCGAAUCCAAACUGAAGAAGAUUCACGCAGCAGCGGAUGCCAUCAUGGAAGCUGUAAUCAACGACCAUAAGACACAAAGAUCAACAAAACAUGACGAAGAUGACAAUAACUAUGACAAUCUUGUGGACGUUCUUUUGAAUCUCAAGGAGAAUGACGACCUCCGAUUCCCUUUCACCAACGUCGAGAUCAAAGCUGUCAUCCUUGACAUAUUUCUUGCUGGGACUGAAACCUGGACUAUCACGGCAGGAUGGGUAAUGUCCGAGCUCAUGAAGAAUCCGGACGUCAUGGAAAAGGCACAAAAAGAGAUCAGACAAGUGUUUGGUAGAAACGGAAAAGAUGUGAACGAAGCAGACAUAGAAACGACGGUGAUUAAUGGAUAUCGGAUCCCUGCCAAGACUAGGGUCAUAGUUAAUGCAUGGGCAAUUGGUCGAGAUCCCGAUUACUGGAUCGAGCCAGAAACUUUCAAUCCGGAAAGGUUUCUGAAUAGCUCUGUUAAUUACAAGGGAUUCCAUUUUCAAUUCAUUCCAUUUGGAGCGGGACGGAGAAUCUGCCCUGGCAUGCAUUAUGGACUUGCUAUAAUCAAGCUUGUGAUUGCAAAUUUACUCUACCAUUUUGACUGGAAGCUGCCAAACGGAAUGAUGCCCCAAGAGUUGGAUAUGUCCGAAAGCUUUGGGACGGAAGUAGGAAGGAAAAACGAUCUUGUCCUCGUCCCAAUUCCACACCAUCCCUAA